AUGGUCAAGCGCAUCUUGUUCGUGCUCAGCUCUGCUGACCGCACCUUAACUGGUAGUCAGACCGGUUGGUACCUCCCCGAGGCCGCACAUCCAUACUACGUGCUCGCUCCGAAGUACGAAAUCGACUUCGCCGCGCCCAAGGGCCCCAACCCGCCUGUCGACGAGAGCAGCGUCGAGGGCUACCCAGACGACCGAGGAUUCCUCACCGACCCGGCCGUCGCGAAGCUGCUGUCGACGGCGAAGCUGCUCUCUGAGGUCAGCGCCGCGAAUUAUGACGCCAUCUUCUACGUCGGCGGGCAGGGCCCCGUCCUCGACCUCGCGACCGACCCCGUGAAUGCCAAGCUGGCAUCUGACUUCUUCAACUCUGGAAAGAUAACGGCUGCAGUUUGUCACGGGCCCGUGGCAUUUGACAUGGCCACUACUCCGGGUGGGGAGCCCAUUGUUAAGGGAAAGCGCUUGACCUGUUUCACCAACGACGAGGAGACGGAUAUGGGCACGGCGAAGAACCUUCCGUUCCUUGUCGAGGACAAAUUGGUUUCGCUCGGUGCUAUUUUCGAGAAAACCAAAGUUUGGGGGGUGAAAGUUGUAGUCGAUGGUACCCUGAUCACUGGCCAGAAUCCGGCUUCAGCGAAGGCUGUUGGUGAGGCAAUCGACCAGGCGCUCUCGGCUUGA